CGCAGGUAAUGUUUAUCUUUUGUUCAGCGCAUCGCUAGCAGAAAGACAGACUGAAACAAAAAUGUGGAAAUUCUUGUUGAUUUCGUUCGUUGGACUUGUUGUUAUACAACAUAUGCUGACCUUCAUAUACAUCAUGGGAUAUCACAAGUUUGUCUUUAAGCACAGACCAGGCAACUGUCAAGUUCUGAAUUACAUAGACUAUGGAGUAGCAGACAUGGAACUGAUGGCCGAUGGUCUUGUGCUCAUUGCAUCUUCUUAUUACAGAUCUAAUCCUAAGAUAGGAGUGAUUCAUACAUUCAAUCUAUCCAGUCCAAAUGAUGGGUUUACGAGAGUUACCAUCAGCAGCAGACCUCAAGGAUCUUUUCAUCCUGUUGGACUCAGCAGCAUUCAUGAUACAGGUUCAACCUAUGUAUAUGUAGUGAACCAGCAGACAGUAAGGGACUGUAUAGAGGUGUAUGAAUGGAGAAGAGCUGACAAACCAACUAUGAAGUACCUGAAAGAGAUCCACGAUCCAUUCAUGAGAAGAUUGAGUGAUGUAUUAGCUGUAGGUUCUGAUCAGUUCUAUGUCACCAACCAAGCAUACAGCCUAGACCCAGGGGGCCGAUUAUUCGAACAUUACAUGAUGUUUCCAUGGGGUAGUGUACUGUACUGUGAUCCAUCAUGCAGACUGGUGUCCAACGCCAUCUUUGAACCAAGUGGAAUUCACAUGUCACCAGAUAGAAAGUAUAUCUACGUUUCUUUACUCUAUGGUAUGGGUGUACAUGGUUACAAGCGAGAUCCAGCAUCAAACAUAUUAUCACCUCAGACCGAUAGAUCCGUGAGUCUUUCAUCAUUGGUUGACAAUGUGUUUGUUGAUGCGAAUGGGAAUGUAUGGACGGCCAAUCAUCCUGCUGCCUUUAAAUAUGAAGCUUAUGAGAGACAUAGAAGGAGUUUACCACCUUCACAGGUACUCCAUAUUCGGUACCAUGGUGCAUCUAAUGAAGUUUUUGAAUUGUACAGCGAUGAUGGAACACAGUUACCAGCUUCAUCUUCAGCUGUCUUCCACAAAGACAAGCUUUUAAUUGCGUCCAGGUAUAAGGGCAUGCUACUCUGUGAAACCAACAUAAAAUGGUGAUGAUCGGUCGACAGCAACUAGAGAUGGACUUCAGAAAUGAGCACAACCAAUAAGAUGUGUGGAUUAGGUGUGAGCAGAUAGAUUGAAUAACUGAGGUGGAAAAUAGCACCCCUGCAUGCCCAUCAGUUUUCAUCAUUUACCUUGACAACAACUCAUUAUGUGUGCAAUAUAUAUGUGUUUGAAUAUGAUGUGAUGUGACAUUUUAGCCAGGAUUAAUAAAUAGCAUGGUUAACAACUUUCUUGACAAUUUCAUAAAUGUUUUUCUUAGAAUGAAUUCUGUCGAUGAAUGGGUCAUACAUGUUUAACCCUUGUUAUUCAUCUUGGAUGGAAGAUAGCCUUUAGCAAUAUAAAUGUACACAGUAGCUUUCUUUGAAUAUGUAUUCAUUAUUUAUGUCUGUUCAACAGUACUAGAAUAUGUUAGCUUUUGUAUCGAAUAGAAACUAGAUCUGUGUGUGAUACUUUCAUGUCUGUAUAAUCCUAAGACAUCCCUUUCAAGAUACUAUGUCCCUUUUGCAGCCAACAUCAAAUUCUGAAGAACUUUGCAGGAAUUAUGAAUAUGUCAUGUAUG